AUGUCUAUCAGCGCAUAUAAAUGUUGGGACGUUCGAACCAAUGGAUUUGAUAAAUUUCAUGGAGAAAAUAUUUACGAAAUUUUGAAAAAAUUAGCAAGUUUUGCAAAUGAUAAAAACAAUACUCGCCAGUUGAGAGAAUUAAAUGAAGUUUACAAGUUGUUGAACAAGCUGACAAAUGAAUUUUUACCAGCCAAGAAAUCAACUAUGGAUAUGUUGGCGAAAGGUUGUUUUGACGAGAAUGCUCUUUCUGUUUUGCAACUUCUGGGAAAAGAAGUCAUCCCACUUAUUUGCAACGUUUUUAAAAACUCUAUGAGUGAGGAAGUUCAACAAGAAACUAGCGAAUUAAUAGGAGUUGUAUGUCGAAAUGAACUUUUCUGUUCUCUUGUUUGGGAUGAUGAAAAAACAGUUGAAAGUUUGAUCAGUCGUUUAACUACAAGUAAAGAUAUUAAGCAUUUAUUAUGCCAUAUUGAAAUAAUAUCAAUGCUAUCAAAACAUGAAAACCAGAUCAAAAAGAUGGUGAACCAAAAUGUAGUUUUCCACUUGUCGGCUUUGUUAGACUCCAGUCUGAUAACAAAUGGAAAACAACUGGAACAAAUAUUUUCCACUCUUCAAAUUUUUAUUGGCCAUUGGUCACCUGACGUAAAAAAACAAUUAAAAAAUUCAAAUUUACUAGGAAGGAUUUCAAAGUUUUUGAAUAGCGAAAAUAAGGAACUUUCAACCGUUGCAUACGAGUUUGUUCAAAAUUUGAUCCAAUGCCCUUCGCUACUGAAGCGAUUUGAAAGAAAUGGAUUUGUAAAACAUUUCAUGCAAUCGUUCUAUGCUGCUGAUGGUGGUGAUGAAAAAUUGAAAUAUUUCAAGUACAUUCUAGCCUGUUGUCAGUAUAAAAAUAAUUUAUCAAAAUCAAACGUUCUCUUUCUUCUUGAACAGAUAUCCAACCCUUUAACGCUUAAUUAUUUCGGAAGAAUAAUGUCCAUAUUACUCUACCAAUCCAAUAACUCUGAAGAGUUUCGACAAUUGUUUGCGGCGAAUAUUGUAGAAACGUUUACAAAAUUUUUAAAUAGAAAUGCUUCUCUGAGUAUUGUUGAAAGAUCAGCGUACAUUCCAAAACUGGCUAGUAGUACAUUGGCCCAGUCGCUCAGCGGUUCAACUGAUGAAACGAAGACAGAUCUGACCUAUACAGCUCUGAAAGAUUCAAUGAAAUCUUAUAAAAAAAGACUGCCAUGUCAAUACAUCAAAUAUAUAAUUUCUUUCUUUCACCAAUUUGUCAGAGAGACACACUGGAUAAAAUAUUUUGAAAAUAAAAACUUCAUAGGGACAAUGGUGAAAUGUUUAAUUGCUCACAAAAAUGACGAAGUAAUUGUUCAAAUAUUUCAAAAAUUAUGCACAUUUAGUAAUUAUUUCCCACUCUUGCUAACGGAAAUGUUUCUACCAGCUUUUCAUCUUCAUUAUUUAGAAACUGAAGAUGAUAAGAGCUUACUGUACGAUGUUCUCAACAUUAACAUUUUUUGGCUGGCCCGUAUUUUUAACCGAUUCUGCACGUCUUAUUGGAAGGUUGUAAAUAAAUCUGACAGCGAAGUGAAAAAGAGGUCAAUCAUAUCUUUAGCCUAUCUGUCCAGCAACAAACAACAUGAAUUCACGAAAAUCAUAACUCGGGAUACAAUAAUAAAAACCUUACUGGAAGUAAUGCACGAUGAUCAGGACAAAUAUCAAACAUUGGCGACUAUUGCCUAUGCUUAUGUAAUGCGACAAUGCAAAGCCUCACCGUUGAAGGUUACAAACAAAACCAUACAUGAUGAAGAAGUCUCAACAGAGCUCAACACUACUGACAAAUUUUUAAAUAUUUCCAACAAAGAUGUGUCAUUUUGUUUUAAUGAUGGUCAAAUUGUUCUGUCAAAUAGUGAUGUCUUGUCGGAAAAAUCAGAUGUUUUUAAAGCGAUGUUUAAAGGAUCAUUUGCAGAAUCAUACACGAAAACAGUGAAAAUGCCAGAAACAUCAAGGGAAAUCUUCACUAUUUUCAACGACUGCAUUUUAUCCGGAUCAAAGCUGCCACUGCAAAAUUAUUUGGACAGAACGGAAAUCAUUUUAGGCAUAUUUAAACUAGCCCACAUGUACAUGGUGGCAUUUGUUGAGCAGCAGUGCAUCGAAAUCAUGCAAAUUAAUAUUGAUAAAUAUUUGGAAGAGAUUUUGCACAAUCAGAUUCUUUUAUAUGAUUCAACUCUAUCAUUUCAUUGCGUAGUAUACGCAUGUAGAAAUAUAAAUGAUAGUAGUAUUUGUCACAUUUUGCAUGAGAUUAAAAGGUAUAUAACAUUUUCUGAUUUGUUAGCAUACUCCAUAGCAUUGUAUGAGGAGAUUUUGUAA